AUGAUGGUAGUGGUAGUGGUAGUGGUGGUCAUGGUGGUGAUGAUAAUGUUGUUUCUGGUGUUGAUAAUACUGGUGUUGAUCCUCCUGGUACUGAUGAUAAUGGUGUUCAUGCUACUGGUACUGAUGAUAAUGGUGUUGAUGCUCCUGGUACUGAUGAUAAUGGUGUUGAUGCUGCUGGUACUGAUGAUCAUGGUGUUGAUGCUCCUGGUACUGAUGAUAAUGGUGUUGAUGCUCCUGGUACUGAUGAUAAUGGUGUUGAUGCUGCUGGUACUGAUGAUCAUGGUUG